AUUCACUCACUCACUCAAAACCUCUUAUUUUCCUAGAAACAAAAGAAAACUUUCUAGGCAACCAAACAGGAAAGAUCGAAAAGAAAAAAAUAAUUAAUGGGGCGAAGAAAGAUUGAGAUGGAAAUGGUGAAAGACAGCAGUUGUCGUCAAGUAACCUUCUCGAAGCGUCGAACCGGCCUUUUCAAGAAAGCCAAUGAGCUCGCCACACUGUGUGGCGCUGAGGUUGGGAUUAUCGUCUUCUCUCCUGGUGGCAAACCAUACUCUUUUGGAAACCCUAAUGUGAGAUACAUCAUAGAUAGGUUUCUAAAACCUAAUCUUUACAAGAAAAUGGUGAAUAACUCGUCCGUUGGAGCAAAAGCUUAUGAAGAGACGAUGAAUGAGCUUCAUGACAAUCAUGUGAAGCAGCUGAGCGAGGAGAAGCUCCGUGGUGAAGCCAUUGAUGGGGAAAUAGCCAAAGGGAAAGGGCUUGUCAUUGGUCGCGGAUGCAAGAAGAUUGAUGAGCUCGGUUUCGAAGAACUUGAGAAGUUUAAAGAGAGUUUGGAUGAGCUUGAUGACAAGGUGAAAGAGAGAGUUAUGGAGAUGGAAGCUUCAUCCACAUUGUUGAUGUUGUCCAAUAAUAAUAAGCUUGUGACUGGUUCUUGUGUUAAGAAGAGGAGUGUUAGGGUUAGGGCUAUCGCUAAAAAGAAUUAUUUUUAAUUAAACGUUGAAUAAUAUAAUAAUAUUGGCACAAUAAUGUUAAUUUCUAUUGGCAUAUAAUAAUUAUAUAUGCCAUGAGUUUUAUAAAAUAUUUGAAAUAAAAAGUUCAAUACAUAGAUUCAUCUUGUGGCUUUUGAUUUUGGAUAGAUUGAGAUUUAAAUCAAAAUUAUUCAAACACAAUAUAUGUUUAGAUGAGGAAUGCCUAAUUUGUGGAUUGAGUAAAGAAAUUAGAGAGCAUUUAUUCUUCAAUUGUCACUUGAGUUUCCAAGUAUUGGUUGGGCAACUACACUAGUAUCGAUUUUUAGGCGGCUACAGUGGCUGCAUAAAUCGAAAAUGAACAGAUUUCAGCGCCAAUUUUUUUCCACAACAUUUGC